AUUUAUUGUGAAGUGCUUCCUGUUGGCCCAGGUACCAGGAUGUCAGACGACGAGGACUUGGCUCCGGCCCCAAAGAAAGGUCGCGUGUUCUAUGGAAGCCUUGAAGAAAAAGAGCGCGAGCGCCUCAACGCAGAGAUUGCCGGCGGCCUGCCCCUAGGAAGUGAUGGCGUCAAGGCGGGAAUCGAAGCAGGAAACAUAAACAUCUCGUCUUCCGAGACACUGGAGCUGGAAGAGCACAUCAACGAGAGGCAACAGGAAGCGCUCGCCGAAUUUGAGAGGAGGCGGCGAGCGCGACAGAUCACCGUGUCGACCGAUGACACCGAGGUCAAGGCGGGGCUCCGAGCGCUCGGGGAGCCAAUCACCUUAUUUGGGGAGGGGCCGGCCGAUCGGCGAGAGCGGCUGCGUGGCAUUUUGUCCGUGGUGGGUCCAGAUGCCCUGAAGAAGUCUAGGAGAGAUGAAGAGCGA